AUGCCAACAUCCACGGAAAUUACAAUUUCUGAGGAAGGCAAAUCCAGCCGCGCCAAUUACCUAGGGCCGAAACGUGAGUUCACCGAGGAGGAACGCAACAACAUAAAGAAGCAGUUAGCGAUAUAUGCGGGGGAAGCCGAAAAGCUAAAAGAAGAAGCCCAACGUGGUAGCACUAGCUGCAUCUACAGAGUCCUCCCGAGGCUCAAGGAAAGCAAUGGUGACCGGUUAUACAAACCCAACAAGCUCUCCAUCGGGCCCUACUACUACAACCUUCGUAAUUAUGAAGACUUCAAGAUGGCCGAAGAUUACAAGAGGAAGUGCUUCGGCUCCUUGCUGGUCAAGACGACAGAUCAAGAAAUGCAAAUCAAUACCCAUAUGAGCUGCUUGCAAAGAAUAAGCGAACUUGAAAAGGAGAUCAGAACGUGUUAUUCUGAAGAGUUCGAAGUCGCCGGUAUUGAAUUUCUCGAAAUGAUGGUUGUUGAUGCUUGUUUUAUAAUAGAAAUAAUUGAAAUGUUUGAAUUAGGGACAAAAGUCACCUACAGAAAGAGAGAAUCUGAUCUUGAAGCCUUGACGUGGAUGGUACCGUAUUUAUACAGGGACUUUCUCCUGCUCGAGAAUCAGAUCCCCUUUUUCGUUCUGGAAGAGAUACAUGCGCUUACCCAUAAUAUUUCUGUCGAGGAAAGUAGAUUCACGAUGUUGUCUACUGCUUUGAGAUUCUUUAGGAACGGAAUGAAAAGAUUUGAUCCUCUUUCGGCAGAUGACAUAUUUGAAAUGGAUAGUGGCCCGGUCUUGCAUUUGCUGGACUUGGUUCGGAGGAGUUUAAUACCAUCCAAUAUUGGACUGGGAGCAAUGGGCUUUUUGGAGUCUCCAUUCAUUCACUGCAUCUCGAAGCUGAAGCUGGCGGGGAUUAAGGUCAGUCCGGUCAUGGAGGCGGAAAGCUUCCUAGAAGUGAAAUUCAAGAAAGGUGUGAUUGAGAUGCCAAACAUAGCCAUCGACGACUUGAUGAGAUGUUUGUUGCUGAACUGUGUGGCAUUCGAGCAGUGCCAACAGAGAAGCGGCAGGUACUUUUCAGUUUACGCUACCUUUUUGGACUGCCUUGUGAACACCAAGGAGGACGUCGAGUACCUUCGCGAGCGCAAUGUCAUUGACAAUUACCUUACUGACGACUCCGAGCUUGCGGGCUUCAUUAACCGUGCGGGUAAGGAUUUGGCACUCAGUUUUCUCGACGGCUGGUAUAUGGGGGAAUUGUUCAUGGAUGUGGAUAGGCAUUAUCGGAAUAGGUGGAAGUGGAAGUGGGCGAGCUUUGAGCGGGAGUAUAUAGACAAGCCGUGGUUGCUUCUGUCGGCAGCGGGUGGCAUUUUGCUAGUAGUGGCUACGUCAUUCCAGGCCGUAAUGGCCUUCUUAACUUACAAGUAUAAAAGUUGCUAG